AAGGUCCACAGUGAGGCCUUCCAGGGACCUGAGGUGACAGCUCUCACACUGCCAGUAGGGGUGAGGCCCUGCAUAUGGGGGGAGGGAGUAGGGAGGUGGAACAAGGUCGAGAGGUGGGUCUUGGGGAUCUAAGACAGGUCUCGGAACUAGAUAUAAGGAGAGCUCUGGGGUCAGGAAGAGGCUGUUCCAGAAGGUUCUUCUCCAGAGUGAGGGGAGGGGCAGAGGAAGCCUGAGCCUGCAGAGGCUUCAGACAGACUCAGAGUAAACAGUGGGUACAAUCCUCAGGAUGUCCCAAAGGAAAUAGAAGUCAGAACCAGAGCCUUUAACCCAGAGCUCUAGUGAUGGGGCCCCCAGUACAUCAUCUGUUGGCUGGCCUGUGCGUGGGGGUGGCCUUGGGCUGGGUAGGAGGCUCAGUCCCCAACCUGGGCCCAGCUGAACAGGAACAGAACCACUACCUGGCCCAGCUGUUUGGCCUAUAUGGAGAGAAUGGGACAUUGACUGCAGGGGGCCUGGCUCGGCUUCUCCACAGCCUAGGACUGGGCAGAGUUCAGGGGCUCCGCCUUGGACACCAUGAGCCUCCAGCUGGGCGGGCUGCACCCACAAGUGGCGACAAUUUCACACACAGGCUGCAGGAACUGGAGCUGAGUGUGGAUGUCUGGGCAAGAAUGCCUCUGGGCCCUUCAGGUUGGGGUGACAAGGAAGAGUCAAAGGCCCCUGACCUGCACGGGUCAGGACCCUCGGGCCUAGACCUCUUCCACAGGCUUCUGCUGCUGGACCAUUCGUUGGCUGACCAUCUGAAUGAGGAUUGUCUGAAUGGUUCCCAGCUACUGGUCAAUUUUGGACUGAGCCCUGUUACUCCUCUGACCCCUCGCCAGUUUGCUCUGCUGUGCCCAGCCCUGCUUUAUCAGAUCGACAGCCGUGUUUGCAUCAAAACCCCAGCUCCAGCACCUCCAGGGGAUUUACUGUCUGCCCUGCUUCACAGUGGCCUGGCAGUCCUGUUCCUCAGUCUCCCUGCUCCCCUCUCCCUGCUGCUGCUGCGGCUCCUGGGACCUCGUCUGUUGAGGCCUGUGCUAGGCUUUCUGGGAGCCCUGGCCGUGGGCACUCUCUGUGGGGAUGCCCUGCUCCACCUGCUGCCACAUGCACAAGGAGGGCGGCACACAGGACCUAGUGAGCAAGCAGAGGAGGAUCUGGGUCCAGGGCUGUCAGUGCUUGGUGGCCUCUUCCUGCUCUUCAUGCUAGAGAAUGCACUAGGACUUGUGAGGCACAGAGGACUCAGGCCAAGAUGCUGUGGUAACAGAAGGGAUCUUGGAGAACCAAAUUCUGAUCCAGAGGAUGGCAGUGGGAUGGUGCUUCGACCCCUACAGGCAGCCUCAGAGCCAGAGGUUCAGGGCCAGAGGGAGAACAGCCAAUCCCCACCAUCUCCAGCCCCUCCUGGGCAUCAAGGCCACAGUCAUGAGCACCGGGGUGGCGGCAUCGCAUGGAUGGUCCUCCUGGGAGACUGCCUGCACAACCUUACUGAUGGGCUUGCAUUAGGUGCUGCCUUCUCUGACGGCUUCUCCAGCGGCCUCAGCACUACCCUAGCAGUCUUCUGCCACGAGCUGCCCCACGAACUGGGUGACUUUGCAAUGCUGCUUCAGGAAGGGUUGUCCUUUCGGAAGCUGCUGCUGCUGAGCCUCCUUUCUGGAGCCCUGGGACUGGGGGGUGCAGCCCUGGGGGUGGGGCUCAGCUUGGGCCCCACCCCCCUCACUCCCUGGGUGUUUGGGAUCACGGCUGGGGUCUUCCUCUAUGUGGCCCUUGUGGAUAUGCUGCCAACCCUGCUUCGACCUCCUGAGCCGCUGCCUGUGCUCCAUGUGCUUCUGCAGGGGCUGGGGCUGCUGCUGGGGGGUAGCCUCAUGUUUACUAUAGCCCUGCUGGAGGAACAGCUACUGCCCAUGGUUCCUGAUGGCUGAUGUGGGCCAGUGGCCAAGGAUCCAGGUUGCCCUUCCUUCCCCCCACCACAGGAAUGGAGGCGGGACACAGGGCCAGUAGGAGCAACAGGAUUUUAAUAAACAGAACCCGUCCCAAA